CUCACCGGAGGUCAGAAAAGUAUCCUCUGCACAACUUGUAAUGUAUCCACUUUCAUCGCUGUUACAGCUUGACGAGCAUCUUUAUGAAGCCAAACAAGGGCGUGAAGCAUGCUGAAACCUAGAUCCAUCCUCUGAGGCAAAGGUUACCAUGGAGGCGGAUGAAGCACCUGCGCCGUGCCAGGAAAACAUUGACGAGACCAGCACCGUAUCCGUCAAAGGUCUGACACAGAACUGGCAGAAAUGGUCCAACGAGCACUGCGAGAAUCAGAAAAAAAACCCUUUCAGCAACGGCAUGGUGACUCCUCCGCAGAUUCAACGAGGACAGGAGGGCUAUGGCAGGCCUUUAGAGGGCUCCAAAACUGAGCAGAGAGGUAAAGAUGCCCAUUUCCUCAUGAACAGAGAGGUCACUGAGCUCUGCCAGGUCAUUAGGGAGAUUGGGCAGAGCGGAGACGAUGGCAGGACGGCUGUGCGCUUCGGGACUCUCUUCGAGAGAUAUGUCAACAUCUCUAAUAAACUAGUGGGAGUUCUUCUGCGCGCACGCAAACAAGGCCUGGUGCACUUUGAGGGAGAGAUGCUGUGGCAGGGCAGAGAUGAUGGAGUAAUCAUCACACUGAUACAGGGAUUUACAGCAGAGAUGGACACCAUGUGCCUGCCUCAAAGUCACUAUUAAAAGGAUCGUUCACACAUGAAAGGAAAAUGAAGGCAUUAUUUAAUCACCCUACACUGUAAACAAUAUCUGUCAAUGAACAGUUUCCCUACUUCCGUAAGUGUUUUCUGUUCAUUAAUGGAUUUGAAGUGCAUUAUGGAAGCUUGAUCUCUGCUCUGUCAACUUUUGAUGUUGAAAAUUCAACUCUACAGUUUAACAAAGUCACUUUUAUUGACA